AUGCCAAACCAAUACUCAGUAGAAGUGGGUAAACCACUUAACAAACAUGAAACUGCCCCCAGAAGAAAUAAAUUAGUAGCAAAGGCUCCAUUACAGAGACCCGUAGAUAUGACAUGUUCCACUGUGUACGAAUUCGCCCUAGAAUGUUUCCAAAAGGGUGGCAAUCGUAAGGCAAUGGCAUGGAGAGAUAUAGUAGAUAUCCAUGAAGAAACCAAAAAAGUAACAAAGCGUAUUGAUGGGAAAGAUGUUCAAGUGGAUAAGAAUUGGCUAUACUAUGAACUAACACCUUACCAAUACAAUACUUACAAAGAAUUGACCUCUAUUAUGCAUGAUUUAGGGAGAGGUCUAGUUAAGAUGGGAUUGAAACCUAACACGACAGAUAAGUUACAUCUUUUUGCUUCCACUUCUCAUAAAUGGAUGAAGAUGUUUUUAGGUGCUCAAUCUCAAAAUAUCCCUGUGGUCACUGCUUAUGAUACUUUGGGUGAAUCAGGAUUGAUUCAUUCCAUGAUUCAAACGGAUCUAAGGCUAAUUUUUACUGAAAAUUCAUUGUUAUGUAAAUUGAUUAAUCCAAUUCAAAAAGCUACGGAGAUUAAAUUCAUCAUUCAUAGAGAUCCAUUGAAUCCUCAUGAUAAAAUUCAAAAGGGGAAAUUAUAUAAAGAUGCUAAUGAUGCAAUCAUGAAGAUUAAAUCAAUUAGACCAGAUAUUAAGAUUUUCUCCUAUGAAGAAAUUUUACAAAUGGGUAAAGAUUCAAAAGAUGAAAUUAAUCCAAAUUUCCCAAAACCAGAAGAUUUAUCUUGUAUAAUGUAUACUUCAGGUUCUACUGGAGAUCCCAAAGGUGUAGUAUUAAAACAUUCAAACGUCAUCGCAGGUAUUGCUGGUGUCGGUUAUACUGUUUAUAACAAAAUAGGUAUGCAUGAUCGUGUUAUUGCAUUCUUACCAUUGGCUCAUAUCUUUGAACUAGUUUUCGAAUUGGAAACUUUCUAUUGGGGUGGUAUAUUAGGUUACGCUAACGUCAAGACUUUAACUAAUAAUUCAGUAAGGAAUUGUCAUGGUGAUCUAAUAGAAUUUAAACCAACUAUUAUGGUAGGUGUUGCAGCGGUAUGGGAAACUGUUAGAAAGGGUAUCUUAGCUCAAGUUCAAAAAUUACCAACUGUCACACAAAAGAUAUUCUGGAUGGCUUAUCAUGCAAAGGCACAUGGAUACCCAGGGGGGAACUUCUUAGCUAAUAUAAUCUUUAAAAAAGUGAAACAAGCCACUGGUGGUCAUUUAAGACUCAUAUUAAAUGGUGGGUCACCCAUUAGUAGAGACGCACAAGAAUUUUUAACCAACCUUUUAUGUCCAAUGUUAGUCGGAUACGGGUUGACUGAAACUGUAGCAUGUGCCUGUGUGGUUCAACCUGAUCAUUUCGGAUACGGGAUUGCUGGUGAUUUGGCAGGUGCAGUCACUGCUAAAUUGGUUGACGUGGAGGAAUUGGGUUAUUAUGCUAAAAAUAAUCAAGGUGAAUUAUGGUUAAAGGGUCCAUCCGUCAUGCCAGAAUAUUAUAAGAACCCUGAAGAAACAGAAAAGGCAUUGACUAAAGAUGGUUGGUUUAAAACAGGUGAUAUUGCAGAAUGGACCUCUAAGGGUCAAGUUAGGAUCAUUGAUAGAAAGAAGAAUUUAGUCAAGACUCAAAAUGGUGAAUACAUUGCAUUAGAAAAAUUAGAAGCCGUUUAUAGGUCAAAUCAAUACGUUCAAAAUAUUUGUGUUUAUGCUGAUGAAAAUAAAGUUAAACCUGUGGGGAUUGUGGUUCCAAACUUAGGUCCAUUAGCAGAUUUGGCAGUUAAGAAUGGUGUUAUGAAGAAAGGUGAUAAUAUUGAAUUGUAUAUCCAUAACAAUAAAUUACAAAAUGUACUUUGUCAAGAUAUGUUGAAAACAGGGAAAUCACAAGGUUUAAACGGUAUUGAAUUACUUCAAGGUGUUGUUAUAUUUUCUGAUGAGUGGACUCCGGAGAAUGGAUUUGUAACAUCUGCUCAGAAAUUGAAAAGAAAGGAUAUUUUACAAUCUGUUCAAAGUGAAGUCGAUAAAGUCUACUCAUAA